UUGUCAAGACAAGACUGUCAAAAACAAAACAAAAUGUCAGCUCCGAACCAGUCGAUCAGCCGUAUUUUUUAUCAAAUAAACAUUAGUAACUUAUCCUAGAGUUGAUAAGAUCCAUAAUUAAAUAUGUUAAGUAACGGCGUAGGGUCAUAAUUCAUAGAAUAUGUAAGUGAGUAUUUAGAUUAACGAACCGUUCCAAAGAAGUACUUGGUGUCGUAAGAAUUUUUUCGAUAAAUUAAACUGCCCCGAUGCCUGUAAGCUUUAAAAACGGAAAGACAACAUGUAUGACAUGUUGUCAGAGUUUCGAGUGUCGGAAUUUGAUUCAUUCGUGGAUAUAUUAAGAUUGACUCCUGGUGAUCCACUGAAUACAUUUGGUGAAAUGUGGUACCCCGUGUUCCUGUGGUCUUUGUUCUCAUCAGUGUUUGUGCAUACGUGUGCGGCACUCGUCGCGUUUGGAACUCUGAGAAAGCACAAGUAUGGGAAGUUCUUCCCAGUGUUGUUAAUAGUGAUGGGUGUCGUGACUCCAGUGACUUCAGGUGUGGCGACCAGUGCUGCGAUCGCGUUCAUAUACCGAGCCGCUACGUUAACUAUGCCUCCCAUACAUGCCAUGAUCUGGGGAAUUGGACAAACUGUGCUUGGAGCUGGGAUGGGUUUCACAAGGAUUUUGGCUACUUUGUAAUAAUGAUAACUAGUUUAAUUUAGCUAAUUACAUCAUGUUAUAUUUAUGAACUAUAUAACUAUAUAAUUUACUAUAAAUCCAAUAAAUUCUGAGUCAAUUAACAUAGAAUAUAGAAUGGGAAUGUAGUGAAAGGAAAGGUGCUGAAUGAUAUGCAUAACUUCCAUGAAUGGAACAGGUUGACUGGUGGUCAAGGUUCUCCCCAUAGUGAAUACUCAUUAGCUAUCUGAUGUAAAUAUAUAAUCAUUGAUAUGUAGCGGCAUAUAAUACACAAUGUGCUUAAUUUUUGUAUGAACUAUCAUGUCUUGCAUAUUUGUAUAAAUUAUAGUAAAGAGACCUAGGGAAUUCAUUAUGAAUAUGACUAUGCAAUAAAAUAAUGAAUUGUUUUAGAAUGUAAAUAUGUGCCUACCUAUAAAAUAUAAUGACUGAUGUUUCACAAAGAAUACAUAUUUCUAGUAUUAGUUUUUCUACUUAAAAUCAUAUAGAAACAAUGGUAUUGUUCAAUGAAUCCUAAAUUUCAUUAUAUUUUAAAUAUUAUCUUGAAUGUAUUGUGAUAAGUUGUAUACCUGAUCCUACAUUUUCAUUGUAAUCAUAAAAUAUGCAUUCCAUGUUAAAAUUGUAUGAAAAAUUAAUUAUUAGCAUUGACAUUGUCAUUGAUUGUAUUAAAGUUGAAAUUAUUAUUUGACUAUUUUUGCUCAUUGCUUGAUUAUAUGAGACUUAUUGGGCCCACCGACAUACCACAGAGAACAUAAUUCCAGCAUUUGUUUGAGUGUAGCUUAUCCUCUUGUAUGCCAGAAUUUAAGACAAAGUAGAAAACACCUUGUGUCUCAAGUAUAUCUAGGCAUACUAUGGGUUAGUCAUGUCAUUAAGGAUGAAAUCUCCUAAUUUUAAUUGAAAUCAAUUGUCAUUACACUCAUAUCUGGGUUUGUACUUAUGUUUGUGUACAUAAUAGUUCCCUAAUUUGUCAGUAUAAUUAUUCUAUAAGUACAAUCUGGACUGUGUUGAAAAAUAAUUAUUCUUAUCAUCAAAUAGGGCCACAAAAGACCUUUAUUUAUUUGACAAUGUACAAUGUUUACCACUCACAAUUAAAGAAAUGAUAUUUUAAUUUAUUUAUAGUAAUAAUUAAUUAUUUUGUAAUCAAUUGGAUGAAGAUUUAAAUUAUAUUUUCUUUAUUGACAUUAUUUAUUACCUAUUACAAUUAGAUAUUCAUACUGUUAUUGUUAAAUGGAGCAUGGUGAUACUUUUAAUAUUAAUAUUUCUGUGGUUUUGGGAUUUAUCAAAUGGUGUGACGAAUAUUGCAUAAGUGUAACGAAAGCAAAUACAAUCAGUAAAUUAUUGUUGGAUAAAAUGUGACCUGAUUAGUAAUAGAUUACUAAACAGUUUCUAUGCAGCAUGUGCAUGUGCAUGUGCAUGUAUUAGUUAUCUGGGCAAUAAGUUAUAUGAGCUGAGGCCUGUACAUACACAGGAAUCAAAUUAUAGCAUGGCAGCAAUUAUAGAAAGCCAUAAAGUUCAAUUUUGACUGUCAAAACCACAGUAUCACCAUGUAAAAUGGAAGUUUUAUAAUAUUUCAAAUAUUAUUUUUUCACAUUUUUGUACUUAUCAUGUACAAUAUUAAAUAUCACGUUUGUAGAAGCAAAACUAUAAAAAAAUGCAAAGCUAGUGUGAUCAUGUUGUAAAUAGAUAUAUAUAUGUAGAGGAACAUUUGAAAAAAGGGAAAAUCAUUUUCCAUAUUUCAACAUUAUCCAAAGGAAAUAAAUGGUUUGG